GGUGAUGGUAAAGAUGCAUGGAUCUUUGAUGUUGAUGAUACCCUUCUCUCCACGGUGCCUUAUUACAAGAAACAUGGUUUUGGGGGGGAGAAGCUGAACUCAACCUCUUUGGAAGCAUGGAUGAAAGAGAGUAAGGCACCAUUGAAGCUCUUCCAUGAGAUCAAAGAUGGAGGGUUUAAGAUCUUCCUGGUUUCUUCAAGAAAGGAAACACUUCGAUCUUCCACUGUUGACAACCUCAUCAAGGUUGGUUACCAUGGAUGGAAGACUCUAAUACUAAGGGGUCUUGAAGAUGAAUUUAUGGAAGUGCAAAGAUACAAAUCCAAGGCGAGGCAAAAUAUGAUUAAUGAAGGGUAUCACAUAUGGGGCAUUAUUGGAGAUCAGUGGAGCAGUUUUGAGGGCACUCCCAGGGCAGAAAGGACAUUCAAGCUACCCAAUUCCAUUUACUAUCUGGCAUAGAAGUCUCAAGCUAUAAGAGAAUGCAUCUUCAUUUAAGUAAAAGCUUUAGUGUUCUUCUUCUAGAUUGCCUCCACCCGAUCCUAUAUCUUCGUACUUGUUCAUCAAGGCUAUGAAUUUUUGAAAUAUUUGCUGCUGUAAUGCAAUGUGCUGGAUGCUGUGGCUGCAAAUUAAUUAAACUCUUGAAAUUGACAAAGAACAUUUUCUGAAGGACAAAUUGAAUUUCAC